CUUCCCGGCGCGGAGGGAUCCGGAGGCGAGCCGAGCGCGGUGCUGAGGCCGCCUCAGCGAAAAAAAUGUCCGCCUGAGGAGACCCACAAGUUCUAUUCGGGGGGACCGCCAGCCCGCCCCGGGAGGAAGGGGCGGCCAGGCCCGAGAGCCGCCUCCCCCGCCCGGACCCGAGAGCUCGCGCGGGCCAAAGUGAGCCGUGCCGCCGGGCGGUGCAAGGGGAAGCCCGAGUCCGCUCUCCCGGCCAAAGUGAACUUUAAUCGGGGUGGUUGGAUGCGGAGACGGGGCGGCAGGACCUGCUAGAAGUGGCCGAAGAUGAAUUCCCAGCAGCAGCGCAUGGCCGCUAUAGGGACCGACAAGGAACUGAGCGACCUGCUGGACUUCAGUGCGAUGUUUUCCCCACCUGUUAAUAGUGGGAAAACCAGACCAACAACACUGGGAAGCAGUCAGUUCAGUGGAUCAGUUUUCAGCAGACACAACGUCUUUGUAUGUGGUGCUGAGGAUCGAACCCGGGCCGCAUACAUGCCAGGUAUGGAUGAACGUGGAGGUACAACAUCUUGGGGAACAGGUGGUCAACCAAGCCCCUCCUAUGACUCAUCUAGAGGUUUUACAGACAGCCCUCAUUACAGUGAUCACUUGAAUGACAGUCGAUUAGGGGCCCAUGAAGGCUUGUCCCCAACACCUUUCAUGAACUCAAAUCUGAUGGGGAAAACAUCAGAGAGAGGCUCAUUUUCCCUGUACAGCAGAGACACCGGAUUACCAGGCUGUCAAUCUAGUCUCCUGAGACAAGAUCUAGGACUUGGGAGUCCAGCGCAGCUGUCUUCUUCAGGAAAACCUGGAACACCCUACUACUCAUUCUCUGCCACAAGUUCUAGGAGAAGACCACUCCAUGACUCUGCAGCACUUGAUCCUUUGCAAGCAAAGAAAGUCAGAAAGGUGCCUCCCGGUCUGCCUUCUUCUGUGUAUGCACCAUCCCCAAAUUCAGAUGAUUUCAACCGUGAAUCUCCUAGUUAUCCGUCUCCUAAGCCACCAACCAGUAUGUUUGCUAGCACUUUCUUUAUGCAAGAUGGGACCCACAAUUCUUCUGACCUUUGGAGUUCAUCAAAUGGGAUGAGCCAGCCUGGUUUUGGUGGAAUUCUGGGGACCUCCACUUCCCACAUGUCUCAGUCCAGUAGUUAUGGCAGCCUUCAUUCACAUGACCGCUUGAGUUAUCCUCCACACUCAGUUUCACCAACAGACAUAAACACAAGUCUUCCACCAAUGUCCAGCUUCCAUCGUGGCAGCACCAGCAGUUCACCUUAUGUUGCUGCCUCACACACCCCUCCCAUCAAUGGAUCAGACAACAUUCUAGGAACUAGAGGGAAUGCUGCUGGAAGCUCACAGACAGGUGACGCACUCGGAAAGGCUUUGGCAUCUAUUUAUUCUCCUGAUCAUACCAGCAGUAGUUUUCCAUCAAACCCAUCAACACCGGUUGGAUCACCUUCACCUCUUACAGGUACCAGUCAGUGGCCCAGACCUGGAGGGCAAGCUCCUUCAUCCCCAAGCUACGAAAACUCACUCCACUCCCUGAAAAAUCGAGUUGAGCAGCAACUUCACGAACAUUUGCAAGAUGCAAUGUCCUUCUUAAAGGAUGUCUGUGAGCAGUCUCGAAUGGAGGAUCGUUUAGACAGACUGGAUGAUGCUAUUCAUGUGCUGCGGAACCAUGCUGUGGGACCUUCCACCAGUUUGCCUGCUGGUCACAGUGAUAUACACAGUUUAUUGGGACCAUCCCAUAAUGCACCAAUUGGAAGCCUCAAUUCAAACUAUGGAGGAUCAAGCCUUGUUACCAACAAUCGAUCCACUUCAAUGGUUGGAACUCACCGGGAAGAUUCUGUCAGUCUCAAUGGCAAUCAUUCAGUCCUGUCUAGUACCGUUGCUGCUUCAAGCACAGACUUGAACCAUAAAACACAAGAAAAUUAUAGAGGUGGGUUGCAAAGUCAGUCUGGAACUGUUGUUCCAACAGAAAUCAAGACUGAAAACAAAGAAAAGGAUGAAAACCUUCAUGAACCUCCUUCAUCAGAUGACAUGAAAUCAGAUGAUGAAUCCUCCCAAAAAGAUAUCAAGGUCUCAUCUAGAGGCAGAACAAGGUAUUUGUUAGUAUCCAGCAGUACUAAUGAAGAUGAGGAUUUGAACCCAGAACAGAAAAUAGAAAGGGAGAAGGAAAGGCGGAUGGCUAACAAUGCCAGGGAACGUUUGCGUGUGCGGGAUAUUAAUGAGGCAUUCAAAGAGCUUGGCCGAAUGUGUCAGCUUCAUUUGAAGAGUGAAAAACCCCAAACAAAACUCCUUAUUCUUCAUCAGGCCGUGGCAGUCAUCCUUAGUCUAGAACAGCAAGUCAGAGAGAGGAACUUGAACCCCAAAGCAGCCUGCCUUAAGAGAAGGGAAGAAGAAAAAGUUUCUGCCGUAUCGGCAGAGCCACCAACCACGCUGCCAGGAACCCAUCCUGGGCUUAGUGAAUCUACCAACCCUAUGGGUCAUAUGUAAACAUCAGCCAGUUCCAGAGUUAUCAGUAGGCUAGAUAGAAGGUGACCUCUCCUCAUAAGGACUUGGACAACUCAGAUUAUCUGAAGACACAAACCUGACAGGAGGGAGAAGAUAAAACAAAACACUUGAAGCAAGAAACUCAAAUGUAAUCCUAUGAUCAAAGCAACUGGUGAACACUUCCAUCAGAAGUGAAAAUAGGAAGCUCAUCGGAUAGAACGUCAGCCCAAGAGAUGUUUGCAGCAUAUCAUUUUGUUGCAAGCAGCAUGUCGCUUCUGCACAAUCAGAGACUGUCUCGAUCUCUCCACUCACCGUGGAAGUUGCCUUGUGCCUAAACUGAAUUGACAAAUGCAUUGUAACUACAAAUUUUAUUUAUUGUUAUGGAACUGUAAGGUCUACAUAUAAAGGGAAAAAGUUAAAUGUGGAAAGCUGAUGUAUACUCAGCUGAUGCCAGCAUUUGUUAAAGCUGUUCACGUGCAGAGAACAAAGCAGUGACAACCAUUGGCCCUUAGCAUUCCCGGCAUACCUGUUAGUGUCUUAAAAAGGAAGGGAAAAGUCUUUUGUUGCCCUCUCCUAUCCUUUUGCCAUAUGAAUAGUGUUUUCCAUGAAAUAGGAAAAUAUUACUUGAUAUAGCAUUUCUCUCGCUCUCAUUUUUCAUUCAUUUUUAUUUUCUCUUCAUGGGUGUUAUACUUGAUCUUUGAAUCUGAGUAGUUUAUGGUCACAGUCCAGAAUUCUCCAUGCAGCCCUGUGUGCUCUGUACAUCCACCUUAUAGUGGUAAGCAGAGACUAUCUGUGACCAUAGCCUUGCUAAGAUUUUAAAAGGGGAAAUUUCAACCCCCUAGGUUUUCCCCCCAAGUAAAUAUUGCUUUAUUUCUAAUAAUAACCAAGACUUUUCAAGCUUCUAGGUUUCAUAGUAAAGCUUGUAAUAAUAGCAAGAAGUGUAAAUUACAAGGGAAGAAUCUACUUUUUAGAAAUUGCUUUGUUUUCCAAGCAGUAAGUACUACAUAAUAUAGUACUUGUAAAGUGUUAGCUGUAAGUAAGCACAAGAUACGUUUAAAAUACAAAGAUGAUUUUUCAGGCUGUGAUUAUGGUGAACAAAACAAAACCCAGUAGUCACCAAGGCAGGUAGUGUGAUAAAUGAACACACCACUCUGAGGCUAAUUACCUAAUGGAAUACAAGAGCAAUGGUCACCCAUGUUUCCUUAUCCGAGCCUUUAUUUCUCUGUCAUUUGGAUGGCUGGUCAGUGGGGAGGAAUUCAGUGGGUGAUUUAAUCAACUGCAAACCAUCUGCCCCCAUCCCAAGAAGAGGAGCCAGAUUAGCAUUAAACCAGUAUGUGUCAGCCCUUUGUAAUACUGUGCACUAAGGCACUCUCUGUCUCUAACCCUUAGGAGUUGUUUUUUAAGUCAUAGUCAUCACGCUGAACUUCCACGAAAUCUGUCUUCCACCACAACCACCCUGGGAGAGAAAAACAUGCUAAACAAGGUUGUCUUGGCUUAGUAAUUCCUUAUAGCCAGUAUCAACAAUGGCAAUCAGCACACAGAAGAGAGAGCCCAAAUCACUAUGUAACUUAAAGAUUUCUGUUAAUUUGAAAGAACAAAAACAAUUAAGAGAACUGCAUAUCCUCCAAUCAGGAUGAUUCCUAACAAAUCAGCUAUUUGUGAACUUGGUGGACUUUUUGGUUACCUUAAUUUGCAUAUAUUCUCCAAUUACAUCAGAAUCUAUCUGUGGCCUUGUUCUUCAUUUCAGUGUUAAUCAGCUAAACAGAAGUUGUUGCUUAUGAUGUGUGAGUGAACAUAUGCCACUGCCUGGCCUUUUUUCUUCGGAGCUUGUUGUCUUUUUCGCUAUAUUAGACUUUGCAGUAUGCCCAGAAGCUUUCCUUCAUAAAAUAGAAAGAAAAAAACAUUUGGCUUAUUUUUCACUGUAGCUAGUCUUUUAUACAAUAAUCUUGUAAGAAAAUUUCUUGAAUUCUAAAUAUUACUCUUUCUAGAUUUUUGAAAUCGAAAGUUUUCAGUAAAAAGUUUCUUACUUUAUUUUAUUAUAUUAGGUAGUAAAAAUGUAGGGUUAUUUACCAUAACCUGUUCAUUAAUAUCAGAAAUUUACAAUAGCAUUUUAAGACCAUAGUAGGAUUCUAGCAUACCGUGUAGUACCUAUGGAGUAUUGUAAGAGCUACUUGUUCGAGAUGAAUUGCUUCUCAUCUUGUUCUCCAGUUUCCAUUGUUGGUUUAUUGCAGAUUUGUAUCCUGUGUCAAAUUCAAGGUAUUAUUGAUAAACCUUUUCAACCAGCAGCAAGAAGUUCAAAAUUUUUUCUGUCACUGUAACAGAAAACACAAUAUGUAUAUAACAUUUAUGUAGCAAUAAAUGUGCCAUCUUUUUUUUAACAUAGUAAACUAGUGAGUUUUUUACAUUCCUUUUUCCCACAUAAUAAUGUAUUGUUUUCUUUUCUGUAUCUCAUCUUUCCCAGAAAGGCUUAUGUGCUUGUCCUGUCUGCAUAAUCUGCGUUUUUCUGAGAAACAACAGUAAGACAUCAGUGGACUGGAAGAACUAGGGUGAUAUCUAGCUUGUAGCUUCUCCAGGUUGUGCGUUUCUCUUGUACUUUCUACUGAUAGUGGCCUUUAGCCUUUAUCUAAAGGUUGGACAAACAGCAGUUAGUAGCUAAAGAAAAUCUGCUCUUGUAGAUCUGGAGGGAAAUGAAGACAAUGGAAGGACAGGAGUGAGGCUUUUCAAGUUAAUAUCCCUUAAGGCACUUUUACAUUUCUCAUGUCCAGUUUUUAGCACCACCACCCCCCACCAAAAAAAAAAAAAAAAUCC